CGCGAUAAUAAUGCGUUAAUUUGCCCAGCACUAAUAUAUACAUAUUUAUUUCUGAGUCUGGUAAAAGUUUUUGUACAUUGUAAAAAAAAAAAAAAUUUAAAAUUGCACUCAUUUUUAAAGAAUAAGUAAAACCUAAAUGAUUGACAUUGUUGUGGUCAUAUUGAGGGCUCCAGUAGAACCACUGUGUCCUCCUCACUUUAACAGAAACGUGGUGAAACUCACGUGGAGCAUGAAUAUCAGCUGCUUCCUCUUCUGUUCAUGUGGUUCUGCUUUUAUUGAAGACGAGUUACGACACUGUGGUUUUCAUUUCUACCUUCUUCACAAGAGCUUCUUCCUCUUUUCCGUUUGCUCAGAAUAUUACGUUGUUUUCACGCUUUUGGUGUCUGGUUUCUCUUGUUGGAGGAAAUGAGGUUGUGACCUGUGUGUCUGUUAUUAUCUGACAUUAGACAACCUUUUAUAUGAUAUCGGAACAAUCUCCAUCAUGAUGGAUUUACAUAAAUUACCAUAUUCAUAUUACCAAUUACAGGAUGGGUGUUUUGUUUCUCCUGUAAUAUAAACACACCGGUUAUAGAUUAUAGAACAUUUAUUCAUAUCAUUUUACAACGUGAGGGUUUUAUAAUGAAACCUAACUUUAUCCAGUGUUCACAUUUAUGUUCAGGACAGUUAUGUAAAUGAGUACAUAUUUAAUAAGAUCAUGCCUCAUUUGCAUAUUCGAUAAGAUCAUACCUCAUUUGCAUAUUUAAACACACAUUGUUGUUUUUUAAAACUUGUAAUACAAAUGAAUAAUGAUUUGAGUUUUCCGUCCCCACAGUCUGAUGUUCUGGACGGACUGGGGCGACCGGGCGGCCGGCGUGUACCGGAGCUACAUGGACGGGACCAACGUGUCCUGCGUGGUGUCGGAGGGUGUCCGCUGGCCCAACGGCAUCACGGCUGACGACCGCUGGCUGUACUGGACCGAGGCCUACAGCGACCGCAUCGAGAGGGCCGACUUCAACGGGGGCAUGAGGAGCGUCCUCGUGGAGGGGCUGCCCCACCCGUACGCCAUCGCGGUCUUCAAGAACGAUUUGUACUGGGACGACUGGUCCAGAAUGGGGAUCUUCAAAGCCCCGAAAGCCGGUUCUCAGAGCAACGAACUGAUCGUCGGCAGACUCACCGGAGUCAUGGACCUCAAGAUCUUCUAUAAGGGGAAGAACAGAGGACACAACGCCUGCGCCGACCAGCCGUGCAGCCUGCUGUGUCUGCCUCAGCCGGGGCACCGGCACACCUGCGUCUGUCCUGACGGAGCCCCGACCGUCGCCAUGCCCAACGGAGAGCUGCAGUGCCAAUGUCCCACCGGGUACCUGCUCCACAACAACACCUGUGUGAAGACCGAGCACAGCUGUCUGCCCAACCAGUACCGCUGCUCCAACGGCCGCUGCAUCAGCAGCAUCUGGAAGUGUGACAGCGACAACGACUGUGGAGACAUGAGUGACGAACAGGAGUGUCCCACCACGACCUGCGACCCGUCCAACCAGUUCCGCUGCAUGGCCUCAGGCUCCUGCAUCCCUCUGGCCUUCAAGUGUGACCAUGAAGACGACUGUGGAGACAACAGUGAUGAGGAGCACUGUGGUGAGACCUUUUUUUAUUUAUAAAAAAAGGUCUAUAUAUAUAUA